AUGACACUACACCAUUGUUUCAUCUGCCUUCUUAUUAUCCUAAUCUCCCAGGUUAAUUAUAUUUUGGCUGAAGAUGAGGACCACCCUCCUAGGGUAAAUGAAGCAUCGCGAGACAACUCGGAUGUUUGGCUCGUGGUGAUUCUGUGCCUGUUGUUCUGUUUCGCCUUACGUCAUAUGAACGAUUUCUAUGUUGGUGAAUCGGUAACACUUGUGGCCGAAGGAGAGUUUUCGCAUAGAUUCAGUCGGAAACAAACCAACAAACAUUUGGAACGAGUUGAGAAAGAUUUCAAUGACAUGUUCCAAAAACUAUGUGAGAAGUAUGAAAGAGAUUUGGAUUCUGAUGGAUGUUGUGGCUACUAUGAGGAGAAGAAAAAGGUCACUGAUAAGUUGGUUUGA